AUGAUGGUGCGCAGUUGCUCAGGGAUAUGAUCACAAGGAAUAAAUGGAUAUUGUAAGGCUAAGCGGGUCGAUGAUGGUUUUGAACUUUUCCGCACAAUGUCUAUGAGAGGGGUGGUUGCUAAUACAGUUACGUAUAGCACUCUAAUCCAAGGGUUUUGUCAAUCGGGAAAACUUGAGGUUGCUAAAGAACUCUUCCAAACGAUGGUUUCUCGUCGUGUUCCUCCUAAUAUUGUGACUUACAAAAUUUUGCUGGAUGGAUUGUGUGACAAUGGGGAAAUAGAAAAAGCAUUGGAAAUUUUUGAAAAAAUGCAGAAGAGUGAGAUGAAGCUUGAUAUAGGUAUCUAUAACAUCAUUAUUCACGGGAUGUGCAAUGCUAGUAAGGUGGAUGAUGCUUGGGAUUUAUUCUGUAGUCUACCAGUUAGAGGAGUGAAGCCCGAUGUUAAGACAUACAACAUAAUGAUUGGAGGACUGUGUAAGAAAGGCUCACUGUCUGAAGCGGACCUGUUGUUUAGAAAAAUGGAAGAAGAGGAUGAGCAUGAGCCAGAUGGUUGUACAUACAACACACUAAUCCGAGCACAUCUCCGAGGUAGUGACAUAAAUACAUCAGCUGAAUUCAUCGAAGAAAUGAAAAGGGGAGGGUUCGCUGCUGAUGCGUCCACUAUAAAGAUGGUUAUCGACAUGUUAUCGGAUGGUAGAUUAAAGAAAAGCUUUUUGGAUAUGCUUUCUUAGAAUGUUUUCAUCUUAGAAAGAGUUGGUCAUAGAAUACUCUUGAGGAAGAAUGGAUAGAAAGAGUUGAAUGGGAGAAAGAUGCCACGCGACACCGUUUCUUGCCUUCUUGUAGGCUGCGUUGAGGAGCCAUAGGAGUCCAUUGUGUUUUCUAUCUUCUUCUUUUAGUCGAGCACUUGCAGUUAAGAUACAAGAAAAUCAAAUUCACAAGAGCAACCUUUCUCUCUAACGAGGAGCAUUUGACUUGUCUUUAAAACUCAGCUAAACCAAUUCCGGUAUAGCUUUGAUUGAGACGGUAGAUUGAACAAAAGCUUUUUGGAUAGGCUUUCGUGAAUGUUUGAUAUUAUAUAUGAGUGUUAAAAGUCCCGAAAUAGUGUUUUAUGUGGCUUUUUUGGUUUUUUUUUUUUAAUUCAAGCCAGCUUUAUUUUUUUUUGUUUUCACCGCCUGAUUGUCUUGUUUCUUGUUAGGUUCGUAUUUUUGUCCAAUUAGGGAAUGUAUCGGUGGUUUGUUUCUUUUUUUUAAAUCCAUGUUGGACUGGAA